AUGUCGGCGGAUCCAAAGCAACUCAGCAAAGUUACCAUGGUAGGUCCAUCAGGGUUCGAGCGCGAACCCCAGAAAAACAUCUUGUCUGAGAUGCCGCUGGACAGUGGUGCCAAUCUAGAAUCUCAAAGACAAUCCGUUACUUCAAGAGAGAAGGUCGGCGUCCUUGUGCUAGGCCCCACAGGAGCUGGAAAGUCGUCGUUCAUUUCCACAGUCACAGACUCGCCUGUGAUCAUCGGCCACAACAUAACUUCCGAAACCAAAAGUUGCCGUGCAUGGGAAUGGAAAGUUAGCCUAAACCAGUCUGUCGAUGCCAUCGACACGCCAGGUUUCGACGACACAAUCAGACCAGGGUUGGAGAUACUUUCUGAGAUCGCCGAGUUUCUCCACCAAGGCAAGCACCACAUCGCAGGUAUAAUAUAUCUUCACCCCAUACAGGAACGUCGUCUGACUGGAACGUCGCGCCUGAACCUCAACUUGCUGCAAUCUAUCUGUGGAGAACAUUUCUACUCCCACGUGACGAUUGUAUCGACGAUGUGGAAUACGCUGCCAGACGGUUCUCCAACGAUCGAUGCCCAACGGCGAGAGCUGGCUUUCAGAGAAGGCGAUAAUCCUAUUGUUUGGAGAGAUAUGCUGGACAAAGGCUCUAAUUACGCGCGGUAUACUGGGGCAACCGACUCGACUAGAGCGAUUAUCAUGUCUCUGCUGAGCAAACAUCGUGCUCCACCUUUGAUGUUGGAGCUAGAGCUCAGGGACCCUGCACGUACACCCGAAGGCACGAGUGCGGGCUUGGUCCUCAUGGCUGAAGUGAAAGCACGCGAAGAAAGGCUGCAGCGAGAGUUGCAGGAGGAAGAAGAAGAAGCCCAAAAACUGCGGGCCAAGCUGGAAGAGAGUAAGCGAUCAGCAGCUCAAGACCGAGGCGUGGGUAUUGAGGUUUCCCAAGGAGAUAAGCAAGGACCGCGCGGCAUCGUAAGGAAAAUCUUCGGGUGA